GCAGAAAAUUUCUGGAAAUCGCGACAUCGAUUGAGUCGCUGCGCGCGGAGAGGAGCUGUGAUCGACGCGCCAGAAAAACCUGGCACACGCUAUUGGGUCUGCAGAACAGGUCUUCAAGACUCGAGCGCUGUGCAAGGACAAACAGUCUCUCACAAAAUGUGCGCAAAAAGGAAACGCCCCGCCAAGGGUCCUCCCAACGGUGGCCCCCAGCCCGCGAGCAAGCGAGCUAAGCCCGAUGCCAAUGGCGGCGGCAGCUCCCUGGGUGCUUCGGGGCCAGGCCUGCCCAAGGCCCUGACCGCCAAGCUGCUCGCCGACCGGCGGCCGUUCGUCGAGGACAUGAAGCCCGAGGACCAUGAGCGGGAACGAGGGCUGUAUAAGCUCCUUAGCAGCACUGAUGUUGAGGACCGCCUGCGCGCCAGCGACGUCAUUGUCUCGUGCCUGCUUGGUAACAGCAGUGGGAGCAAAAGCACGAAGAAGAAGAAGAGCAGCAAAGUCAAGGAAGGAGAGGGUGCGGACCAGGAGGGAACGGACAAGGAGAGCGGCGUCCCCGAGUCUGUCCUCCGCCGCCACCUUGAGCGCCGCCUCUUCAGGGGUCUCUCGAGUGGCAGCGAUGCCGCUCGCGUUGGCUUCAGCUACGUUCUUGUCGAAAUCAUCCGCCAGCUUCUCGGCGAGAAGGACCUUGCCUCAUCCCGUUACCCAGGUUUGACCUUUGAGGUGCUCCUCGGCCUGCUCGUCGAGAAGACCACGACGGUCGGAAAGGUGCUUGGCCAGGAGGAGCGCGACAACUGGUGGGGCCGCCUGUUCGGUCUGCGCUGCUUCGUCCAGGCCGGCGUGCUGUUUACCGACAAGACUCGAUGGAAGGCCGUGCUGAAGCUUCUGCUCCAGCUUUCCAAGAAGAAGUCGUGGCUGCAGCCGCAGUGUGGCUUCGUCAUAGCCCAGGCUGUACCCUUGAUGAAGCGCAAGCUCGCCGAGAAGACCCUGGACGAGCUGACCGAAGCCGGGUUGGCAAAAUCGCCUGAGGGCCUGGGCAUCUGGCUGGUUUCCCAGGGAGCCUUCUCAGACAUCAAGCUCCCCAAGCCGUGGCAGGAUCCACUGGGGACCAAGUCUCUACAGGAUGCCGCCGCUGUUCUCAAGGGGAGCACGCAGGAGCUGUCGGACGAAGAUGGUGGUCAGGCUGCCAAGCAAUCGUACACCACGGCACAGCUGCACUUUGUCUGGGACCUUAUUCUGGACUCAUUCAAGAAGCAGGAGAGUGGACGGGAGUUCAAGGUGUUCUGGGAUAGGGUGGUCGAUCAGUCGUUCUUCUCCAAGAACGCAUCUGACCACCAGAAACUCUCAGGCUUCAAGCUAUUUCAGAAGGUCCUCGAGUCGUACCACUCAUCACCUACCAUGGUUGAGGCCAUCUUCAGUCAACAUUUGAUGGGGUGUCUCAUGAACCAAGCAUCAGCUGAGGGGCGGCACCUCAACCGCGCCGCGGUCAAGUCCCUGAAGGCGGUCGAGACGACGGUGGAGCAGUACCCGAAACUUCUCUCGAGGAUAUUGCCCAGACUUCUAGGCGAAAACGGUACCUACAACUUUGAUGAGCGGACACACAACAAGACAGUUGAGAAGAUCCUGCGUUUUACAAGGCCAGAGGAUGGCCAGGCCGUCAUGGAGACUCUGCAGACACUUGUCAAGAAGACGGCGGACGAUGACGAGGCGGAGAGGCGCCUACGCAUAUACGCAGACUACGUCUCCAGGCUUGUUAUGGCGAGCACAGAACCGAAACUCAAGGACGAAAAGGACGGCGACUCUGUCGGCGGUCUUGCCCUCCUCGAGCUUGCCAAACUGGCAUACUCCAGGGACUACUCUGACCUGACAGAACAAACCAGGUCGUCGCUCCGGGUCCGCCUCACCAGCUCAUUCGCCAAGGUGAUCAAGCGCCCUGAGGACUUUACGUACAUCUGCGACGCCGUGUUGUCCGUGGAACCUGAUUCGAUGGAUAUGGGCGACGACGUACAGUUGGAACUCGCGGCGGCCCUUGAACGACUUCAGAAGCUCGUGAAGAAGUCGGAGAAGAAGAAGGGCUCAGGCACCGCUGCACUGCGUAUGCCCCGCCAGGGUCUGGCACUUUUGCACGCCAUCGCCAUCUUACAACUAUACAACGAAGAUCCCGACGCGUUCGACGUCCUUGCCGACACCAAACAGUGUUACGAGAAGCUCAAGGAGAAGGAGAAGGAGACGGGUGACGGUUCGGGCAUGGCCGAAUUCCUCGUCGAGAUUCUGCUUUCAAUGAUUGCCCAGCCGUCGUCCCUGAUGCGCCAGGCAUCGCUCCUCGUCUUUGAGGCCUUUAGCCCCUUGAUGACGCCCAAGGCGCUCGAACUGCUGACCGACACUCUCUCGGUCGAGGAGAACGUCAACGGCCAGAAAACUCUCUUCAACGCCGCCGAUGAGGACGAGAUGGAUGUCGAUGGUGACGAAGAGGAGGAUGACGAGGAGGAUGGGCUAUCUGAGAUUGAUUCCGACGUUGAGUUCAUUGGCAUGGCAGACGGAAACGACGCUGAAGCUCCUGAUGGCGAUAGCGACGACGAUGAUGAUGAUGACAACGAGGGCGACGAGGAUACUGAAACUAAGGGCAACGACGAAUCGGAUGAGAUCCUGGCCAAGAUCCUCGGGACGCAUCGCCUGGAUCAGGACAAGGAAGCCGAGUCGUCAGACGACGACGCCGAUAUGACCGAUUCAGAAAUGGUGGCGCUUGACGACAAGCUUGCCGAGUACUUCAAGCACCGAGUCAAAGGAAACAACAAGCGCAAGGAGAAGAAGGACGCCAAGGAGUCGGUCAUCAACUUCAAGCACCGCGUGCUCGACUUCCUGGCCGCCUACGUCAAAACUGAGGCGGCUGGGCCCAACUACCUCCUCGCGUUUGACCUACUACUCCCCCUGCUCCAGCACAUCCGCACCACGACAAACAAGCCGCUGUCGCGCAAGGCAUGCGGCAUCGUGCUCGACUUCCCUAAGCACAGGAAGAAGACUAAGUCGGACAAGGCGGCGGCGGCCGAGGACGUCGAUGCCGACGCGCUCCUGGCCAGGCUGAAGCUAGUGCACGACGAGGCUGGCAGGGACCAGUCGCACGCCUUCGCCAAGGCGGCAGCGACGGCCAGCCUAGCCAUGGCGACAGCCGUCGUGGGCGCCGGCGCGAACCACGAGCGGGUUGUGCACGUCUACGCCAACACGCAGACGGCCUGGCUCCAGGGCAAGGUGCGGAUACAGCCGUCCUUCUUCGUCGAGUGGAUUAACUGGUGCCAGUCGCGGGCCCAGAGCCAGGUGGCCAAGGAGGCUGUCGUAGAGGAGGUUGCUCCUGCUGCUGCUUGAGUGACGGGGCCAUGAACAAUGUUUUAUGCAUGCGCAUCUUGUAUAUUCCAUAUAGAAAAACAAAAAAGUCGAGGGCGAGGGGACGAAAGGUCGACCCAAUCAACAUGAGCGUUGAAAAGAGUGGAACAUAGAUAUGGCCACAAGUACCGAUGCCCGAACAUGUACGCGGUUUAACUUUGCACCAACACGGAUGACUGACUGUGUCCAUCUAUCAAGAGAGGCU